GCCGCUUCAACUCUCCUAUAUUCAGCGCGUAAAACUUUUUCAGCGUAAAAAUCUCAAAGUGGUUUUAAAGUAAAUAAUUAUAUUCAGUAAAUUGACUCUAUGUGUUUUGUGUGAGUUUUUAAGGAUCGCAACCAAUAUGAGGUGGGCUGAGAUAGCUGUGCUGAUCUGCACUUUGGUAUGCUCAGCGUCUGCUACGGAACCCGACGACACAGAACCACGGCUGCAAGUAAUGGCAAGAUCCACGGUAUUCAACGCCGGGGAAACAAAAGCUAUUUUUUGUAAAGCAAUAAACAUAGACGGGCCCAUAGAAUGGCGAAAUCCAUCGGGUGGGGUAGUUAAGGAACGUUCAGUGAAGAAUAACAGAGUCUACGUAGAAAGAAAGAAGGAGAGUUCUGGAAUUUUGAUUCCACUCAUCAUCCACGAAAUUAAGAUUUCCGAUAGCGGCAGUUGGACCUGUAAAGCUGGGGAUCUUAAUGAGACUAUUGAUAUACUCGUAGGAGUUAAAGUAAACAUAACUAAUAGAAAUGAGACCAGAGAAGGGGAUGAGGGUAAAUCAACGAAGUUAGAUUGCGAAGCAGAAGGUCAUCCGGCGCCAAUUGUUCAGUGGUACAGAGACAGCAAGCCUAUUGACGUGUUUGAGACAAACAAAUAUAUAAUGAAGAAAGUAAGACCUCAUAAUUAUCAAUUGGAAAUAAAAAAUCUGAGCCAUUUGGACGUCGGAGAAUAUGUGUGUAAAGUAACUCAAAAGGCACUCUCCCAUUACACCGAUAAGACAGUAUAUCUUUCCGUAAGACACAAACCUGUUUUAUACAAUGCAGAGACGCUAUCUACAUUAUACAAGACUGAAGAAGUGUACGGGAUUUUGAAUGAAACUAAAAAUAUAACAUGCAAUGCUUUGGCUAAUCCACCUCCAACAUACAAGUGGUACAAGCGAGACAACAAUUACGAUGAACUAAUCACUUCCGACGAUACGGUAAUCACGGCUUCCGAUAGCAGCUCCUCAGUCCUGAUAUUAAGAAUGCGCAGUGAUGAAGACACGGGAGAGUACGUGUGUACAGCAAGCAACGUCAGGGGGAAGGAAUCCGUCGUUUUUCACGUCACUCUAGGGGACAAACCUAAUCCGCCUGAUUUUGUCACAGUAAAUGCCACCAAUGUAAGCCAUAUUAAUUUCAAUGUGGUGUGCUCCACGUGUAUUAUGCAACAGGAUGAAAGUAUAGCUCCCAAUCCCAAAAAUCUCACCCUCCUCGGUUUCCAUUUCCAAUUGGUUCCUGUAGAAGAAGGGGUACUACCUAAUUGGGACUUAGCGGAAAACUUUGAUGUCCCAAUAUUGUCUCCCGAAGAUAUUUUGUUUGAGGUGGGUCCACUGGUUAACAGUACCACUUUCCACGCUCGCGUGCGCUCCCGCAACGCCGCCGGCUACUCCGAGUGGACGCUCGUAGAUCCAAAUCCCAGUACCACCAAUCGCGUUAUGAACCUAAUAUGCAAUGUUAUCUUAGUCGUUAUUGCUUUACUCACCAUUGGAUUAUAUUAAAUCUAACUCAAUGUUGCCAGAAUUACAUCAUCGAUGUUCUAUAUAUUUUGCGGAAAACCCUAAAAUAAUAGAUUUUGCCAGUUUUCAAAAAUGUAUUUAUGGAAAUGUUAAUGAAUUUAAUAAAGUAGUUCGUUCCAUUAAUCAUAAAAAUAGCCUUUUCUUCAACGUACAACGGUUCAAUUGUAAUGCGUAGAAACUUUCAAGUGAAAUACUUCAUUUAUUGUACGGGGGAUUGGUAUUUUAAAUAAAAUACCUUUCUCGUAUCUCCCUAAAUAGUUGGUAACAAUUAUGUUAAAUCUGGCAACAUUAUUGAGACUUGGCAAUGCUUUGGGGAUCAAUUUAGUUGUGAUUUUUAUUAAUUAAGCAAUUUUUAUUUUUAUAUGAUUUGAAAUUAAAACCAAAGAUUACGUAAAUAUUGUAAAAAUUAAUUAAUAUUUAGAUAGUGUAUGCUAACCCAUACCUUGCUUCAUACUUUAUUUUAGUUUUGUAAAUAAAUGAAACAAUAAUUAUAGAGUUGUAAGUUAAAAGUCUAAGUAGCAAUUAUACUUAUAUCCCCAAGUAUAAUAUUCCAAGUUGUAUUUAGAUAGUGAAAGUGUGGAAAUAUCUGUCUAUUAAUCAGUUUUAAUUAAAUAAGUGUUCAUCUCGUACCCAAUAUAUACCAAUGGCCUCAAUAUUUGAAUUAGGUAAAUAAAGUUAAAUUUAUGUGAUAGUAUGUAAUAAAUAAGCCUUCAGUAAGAUCAGAAGAUCAGAAACGAAUGAAUCUCAUUACGAUCCUCAGAAAUGUAUUAAAAAUUUAAGUAUAUUAAACAUUAGAAAAAGAUUUUUAGUAUAUCUGUUGAAUUGUAUAUGUCAAUAUUCUUUUGAAACGUCGAGCUCUAUAGCUGUCUUGACUAAAUAUAUUUACCUAAACCGUUAAUUAUUUAUCAGACUUGAGUAAUUUUGGGGUUCAGAGUUCAUAACUUGACGCAAAGUCGGUAAAUAUUUGGUAAAUGUCAAUAAUGUUUUUGUCCUGUCUCAGUUAUUGAUAAUUAACGGAGAUAGACUUUGUACGGAAUCGUAUACGUGGGUACUGACUGUCUAACACUAUGUUUGCAUACGGCUUUAGCCAUUAAGCAGUUUGUUUUCUAAGAUGUAUUUCAGUUAUAAAUCAAAGAGAUACAUAUUGGUCCUAGGGAUAAUGAGGGGAUGGCAAUACAUGAUAACGUGAUGUCUGUAGUACUACUAGUGUGACGGUUGCCAAUUGGUAUCAGGUAGGC